CUUGUGUAGAUGCCAACAAAAUGUCUGUGGCAAAAAAAACAAAAAACCCUAGGUAUAAAACACAAACACUUUCUCUUUCUUCAAAAAGCAGAUUUGAAUUCAGACCGGCUGCUUCGAUAACCUACAGCAGAUUUGAAUUCAGACCGGCUGCUUCGAUAACCUACAGCUAAACACGAUGGCUUCACAUGACCCCAACCAUGGCAUGAUGGAUUUCGCCUUGAACCUUUGUUCAGAAACCUGCAGCUUGGCUACUUUUGUGCAUGACAACCAGCAUCGCUGCCAACAAGUUGCCCAGACGGUGAAAAAACUUGAGCGACUUGUUUCAACCAUCAAGCAAAGAGGACCGGGACAAACCUCCACUGUUGUGGACAACGCUCUGAGGGAUCUCUGCUGCACCCUCGCAUCGGCCAAGGCGCUGAUGGAGAAGUUAGCUCGUAAUAAACCUGGUAUAGGCUUCAGGAAGUCCAACAAUGAAAGCAAAUUGUUGAAUUUGGACAAAUCGCUCUCUGAUAGCUUCCAGGAACUGUCUGGAGCUCUGCUCAUUGAGCAGGGCGACACGAUGCAGAGAAUGUAUACAAAUGUUUCAGGAAAUGCCAGACCGACAACCCCGAUGUCUCAACCCAACACCAUGCCCCCCACGUCAAUGCCUGGACACACAUCCCAUAAUUCCUACAACACCAUGCCCCCCCACAUCAAUGCCUGGACCCACAUCCCAUAAUUCCUACAACCCCAUGCCCCCCACAUCAAUGCCUGGACCCACAUACCAUAAUUCCUACAACCCCAUGCCCUCCAUGUCAAUGCCUGGACCCACAUCCCAUAAUUCCUACAACCCCAUGCCCUCUAUGUCAAUGCCUGGACCCACAUCCCCUAAUUCCUACAACACCAUGCCUGGACCCACAUCCCCUCAUUCCUACAGCCCCAUGCACCCAAUGUCAAUGCCCGGCUUUACAUCCCAUGAUUCUUACAACAGCAUGCCCUCCAUGUCAAUGCUCGGCCCUUCACCCCCUAUUCCUUACAGCAACAUGGCACCCAUGACAGUGCAGAACCCCACAACUAAUUUUUCUUAUGGGAUCAUGCCUGACAUGAGCGGUCCCACAUCCCUUAGUCCUUACAGCACCAUGCCCAGCAUGUCAAUGCCCGGCCCCACAUCCCCUUUUUCUUACAACACAUUGCCCUCCAUGAGAGCACAAGGCCCAUCAGCCCCUAAUCCCUACAGCAGCAUGCCCCACAUGACAGUGCAAGGCCCAUCAGCCCCUAAUUCUCACAACACCAUGCCCCCCAUCACAGUGCAAGGCCUAUCAGCCCCUAAUCCUUACAACACCUUGCACUCCGUGACAGUGCAAGGACCAACAGCCCCUAAUCCUUACAACACCUUGCACUCCGUGACAGUGCAAGGACCAACAGCCCCUAAUUCUCACAACAGGAUGGACCCCACGACAAUGUCGACCCCACAUUCCCAAUCAAAUUCCGCACAGAAUUCCCCAUGACAAAGUGUAACCCUUACUUCCCCCCAAACAUGGUUCCGUACAGCACCAUAGACCCCAAUACACUACAGAGAACCACAGCCCCUACACUUUACAGCACCAGACAACUCAUGUCAAUGCCCGACCCUACAACCCCUAUUCCUAAAAACACCAAGGAUCUCAUGACAAAGCAAGGCCCGAAAGCUCCUAUUUCUUAGGGGAUCAUGCCCGAAAUGAACAGACCUACACCCUUUAUUCUUUAUGACUCCAUGGACCCCGUAACAUGGGAGAGACCAACAGCCCCCACUCCUAACAGCACCAUGUCAAUGCCCGGCCCCAUAUCCCAUUUCUCCUACAACCCAUGGCCCGACAUGCCAGUGCAAGGCCCCACAGCCCCUAUUCCUAAAAGCACCAUGGACAUCAUGACACAGCAAGGCCCGGAAGACCCUAUUUCUUAAGGGAUCGUGCCCGAAAUGAACAGGCCUAAACCCUUUAUUCUUUAUGGCACCAUGGACCCCAUAACAUGGGAGAGACCAACAGCCCCAUAUCCCCUUUUUCCUACAACCCAUGGCCCGACAUGACAGUGCAAGGCCCCAAAUCCCUUAUUCCUAACGUCACCAUGGACCCAACUAAUAUCUUGACCCCACAUCCCCCAAUCAAAUUCAGCACCGAACCCCCCAUUGUACCCCCCAUUGACAACAUGUAGCCCCACAUCCCCUAUUUCUUACAACACCAUAACAUUGUUCGAUGGAAAUUCUGUUUUGGAGCAUUGACAGGAAAUCAAGGAAGACCAAUUUGAUUUCUGUCAAACUGAAGGUUUACUUUAAAGACUUGGCAAAGGAUCCUCAGAUUUGACUCAGAACAAUCUUGUGUCAUUACUGUCUUUUUCUAUCUCCUUUGACCCCCAUGUCAAUGUUUAGCCCCAUUUAUUCAAUGUCCUCCAUCCCUUUUCCCACCAUCAUUGUCCCCAAUCCUUCCAGGAACUCAAUGGACUCAAGGAUUGUUUUAAACACCAUACACGUCUGUUGUACUAAGUUUUGGUUUCUAUACAUAUGUUCUCCUAAAACACGGAGAAAAGCCCUUACUUUACUUACCUUUACUACCAAAGAGGCAGGAGAAAGAUUAAGGUUGUAAACGUUAAUUAGCCUACACCUCUCACCCUAAUUCCAGUUUUUGUUUAAAUACUGGUUCAAAAUGUAGUUUGGUCUCUAUUGUUUUAUUAUUUCUGCUCAAAGCACUUUGUUACUUUUCUUGUUAAAUACAUGCUAUCGUUUAUAUUUUCACAUAUUCAGAGGAUUAAUUGAUUUGAAAUGGCCUGUGUUUACAAACGUUAAUUACAUUUUUCAGAUAAUCUUAAUUUAAUGCACCUAUGAUGAUAUAACACAGAUAAGUAAAUUCAUUAUUAGAAAUUAUUUAAAAAGAUUAUGAUUAUGUUUGUAGUAGAAACUUGUAAAAAAACAAGUAUUAGUUGUUUUAAUCAAGUAUUGGUUAGAAUAAUGUAAUCAUUUAUGUAUAAUUUGGAUUGUGUUGUGUACGAAAGGAUUAAGUAUAUGUUGUUUAAAUCGAGUCUAGAUUAUAUUAAAUUAUUUACAAUGAUUUUGUUUGUACUAGAAACUUCUAAGAAUUUAUUAAGUAGAAGUAUUUUGAAUGUAGGAUAAGUUUAUUCUUUAAAAUGUAAUGAUUUACAACAAUUAUGUCAGUAAACUUGUAAGGAAUGGUGUCCCCUGAAUGUAAUGAUCUUCAAUUAUAGAAACCAUUAUAAGAAAUGAUUAACAAUAAGCAGUUUGAAUCAAGUAUAAAUUGAUUAGAUUAUCUAAUAAUUUAUAAUGAUUAUGAUUGUGUUGUGUACGAAAUGAUUAAGCAUAAGUUGUUUAUAUCUAUUGAGACUCAUAGCGCCAUGUGGUUAUUUGACUUAACAACACAGCUGUUAUUAUUGAUUAUUGACAUAACUGAUAUUACGCUCGAAAGACCUGUAUCUUUUGUCGAUUAGUCACUUUCACAACGAUUUGAAAAAACGUCAUGUUUGUUCAUUAAUCAUAUAUACGUUUGUUAGUGAAAAUCAAGGUCAAAGCUUUUUUUGUGCCAAAUCUAAAUAAUGUCAAUCAUUAAAACAAACUUCUCUCCA